CAGUCUUCGUCUGCUACGCACUCCACUUCUCCCACUGCAAGGUCCUCCUCCGUCCCUUCCAGUGUCUCUUCUUCUGCUCACAGGAGUUGAGUUUUGAUCGCACAGCAGCAAACCACCUUCACUCAGGAUGGGCUCCAGACCCCCUGGACUGCUGCUGCUUCUCUCCAGCCUCCUCCACAUAUUGAAGUGUGCCAGAGGAGAGUCAUCAUACAUUAUAGAUACUGUUGGUCUCUCAAUCCUGCCUAAAGACAAUGUUCAGAGUGGAACCAAGGUGAUGAUUCGUUGCGACGCACGCGUCAGUUCCAGCAACAUUUCUCAUCUGGAAUACCUUUUCAAGUUUAAACGGGAUGACGUCGAAAUCCACACAGCCAAUACCACAAAAGACUCUACUUACUAUGAGAUCAACCCAGCCAGGGCAGUCGACUCGGGAAAUUAUCAGUGCCAAGUCUCUGUGAAGAACAAGCGCAAGCUCAGCAACACCAAGGCACUUGAUGUCAAAGGCCUACAAACCCCCAUUCUUCAUCUUAAUAAUUCAGCACCCUAUGAAAGUGAGGAGUUCAAAGUCACCUGCAGUGCUCCAGAUGAGAAAGGAGGUCUUACAUUCAACUUUUACAAAACAUUUGGAGAUGGACAGCCUCAGCGGAUAAAGAAGCAACAAACCACUAAUAAUGUUCUAGAGACCACUCUGACACUCAGCCACAUAGGGGACUGCUUUCUGUCCUGUGACUACGAGAUCAGUUUGGUCUCAGGUCCCACAAGCUCUAACAUCAGCAAUGAGAUUCAAGUGAAAGUCAAAGAGCUCAGCAUCAUCCCGGACAUGACUAUAUUACCCAACGAUAUCUAUGAACCAGAUAUAGUAGAAGUGACCUGUAAAGUACAGAUUCAUUUAGCAGACAUCGAAAUAUUCCUUGUAAAGGACCGGACUGUUCUCAGUAGAACCACGGGUAAAACUCUCAUUCAUCGAUUUAGUCCAAAACCGACAGACUCUGGAGAGCUUGUUUGCAAGGCAGAGUGGAGAAACGUCCAAAAAGAAAACUAUAAAACCAUCAAAAUCAAAGAAGUAUUUUCAAAGCCCCAGCUGUAUUUGGAGCCCGUGGACCUGUUUGAAGGAGAAUCAUUCAGACUUAACUGUUCGGUCAAGGUUUUUUUUCCUGAGAUGAUUGGUAAAACUUUGAAAUACCACCUCUACAAAGAUGGCACAGAAUUGAUCAGUUCAGCCACAUAUGCUGCUGUUGCACACCCUAAUAGUAAUGGAAACUACUCCUGUAAAGUUGAGGGCACUCGUAUUUCAACCCCUCUUCAUAAGGAGAGCGAAGCAGUUAUUGUUAAAGCUAAAGUCCCUGUUUCAGAUCCUGUGCUGAGUGUGGUCGGGGGCAAAAUUCUUUUAGGCAAGGAAUUCCAACUGAUCUGUCACAGUCACACGGGCUCUUUUCCCAUCAAAUACACCCUUUUUACACAUAAUGGGAGGAAGAUGAGCAGGGAGGUGAGCAGAUCUGAGGACCGGGCUACCUUUGACAUACCUCCAAUUUACAAGAUCUCCGAUUUAAAAACUUUUCUAUGCCAUGCAAGUAAUAAUCCACGUACACCUUCUAAAAAAGCUUUAGGGCAGCUUCUGCUGAAGUCAACCAAUAUUAUCGAGCCCAUCUCAAAACCAGAGCUGACCAUUCAUCCCAGCCAGGACAUCACUGAGGGACAAAGUAUACAACUCGUCUGCUCUGUACAGACAGGCAGUCGACCCAUUAACUUCACAUGGUACCACCAAGAGUCCAAUGGAGCGCUGGCUUCCCUCUCAACCAACAAACUAGAAGAAUACCACAGCAUAUCUAGCGCCAAUAAAAAGCACUCUGGGAAAUACUACUGCACGAGCACAAACCCAGCUAAUGAAUCCAAAUGGAGUGAAUCUGUCACAAUCGAAGUGAAAAUGGCAGGGUGGAAGAAAGCACUUAUCAUUGUCUUCUGCUUCAUACUUCUCCUCAUCCUCUUCCUUGUGAUUGCCUUAAAAACACGGCUUUUUCAUUUUAAGAGGCAAAGAGCAGCGAACUUGUCAGUGAAGUCAGUCAGCACCAAAGUAGAGCGACUGAGUCUCACACAAGCUGAGGUCAUUGAUUCAAACGCCACCCCAACCAUGAUGGGAAAAAGUGUUUGGAGUGACCAGGUCUCAGGUUCUGGUGGGUAUGAGUCGGAUGACCAGAACAGCAGCAUGUUACCAGAAAAAAAGACUGAACCUGAAUAUACUGAGGUUCAAAUAAAAGAUGCAGACCCAACCAGAGCGCCGGCGAAGCGGGGCACGGACAACAUCUACAGCGAAGUCCGCAACUCCCAGCAAGGUGUCCCAGAGGUGCCUGAUGGUAAACCAGUGGAAUAUGCCCAGCUGAAUCAUGACGGAAAUCACCAACCUGACAACAGUCAGGUCAGCGAUCAGACCCUGAAGCGUGAAAACAUAACCGACUCUGAAAAUAACACUGAUGUUUGCACUGGUGACCUAGAGGAAGGAACCUGUGACCCUGCGCCAGACUGCUGAUGAUCCAACAAACGUAUUUGUUCCCCUUUUCACCCAUCAUGUUAUUGCAGCUGAUGUUUUUUUUUUAACUAGAAGAAGAUGAAACCUUUUGCAUUGCACAAUUAUAUUCUUGUAUUAUUGCUGAAUUCUGUUAAAAGGUUCCUCUUUUUGAUCACAUGAAUAAAAUGUUUUGCUAUUAAGUGUCAUGUUUUUUCGGCUUGAGAAACAGCACGUGUCUCUUUAAACUACAAAGACUAAAACUUAAACAAGACUAUUAAGUGGAGGGCUUUGAAAAUGUGUUCAUCGCUCACAUUUUCUACCAUUUUAGAUUUUCUUUCAAGCAAAAUUCUUCAGAUCAUCCAAAUAUGUAAUAUUAGCAGUGGAUAAUUUGUUGUUUUUAAAUGGUAAUUUUAUUUCUUAAGAAAAGCUAUCCAGACUACAGCCUGAAACCUGGUUGUGUCAUCGUUUGCGGCAACAGCAGUCAAGCAUUUGUGGUGACGAUUAUGAACCUCACACAUGAUCGUCGUCGUCAUGUUAAGGAAUUUUGGUUAAUUCUUCUUGGGGAGAAACCUUUUAACCCUUUCAUGCAUGAAUUGUGAUCCUCGUCUGUCUGCCAUAUUGAUUUAACAAAUUUUUUUUUUUUUCUGCACUUACAGCGGAUGGCUAGUGAUGUUGGUUUCUGAAAACCCGUCCAUGUUGUAUGCCAAAUGUAGCGGGACACGCUGUACAUUUUAAUAAGGCCUCUGGGAUCAACAAGAUGUUUUUAGGAAACUUGAGAAGAGAUGGGCCUUUGUGUUUAUUUUGAUCAGCUGGCCUUGGCUCUUUCUAAUGAAGUCUCUUUCUCGCUGUUGAAUCCUGAGCCUACUGAGACCUGCAUUGAUUUAGGUGUCGUUUCAGAAUGUUUUGUUACCUUCUCGAGUCUUUGAAGAAACUUGGGUGGUCAACUACUUUUGGGAUUUUGUCCAUUUUUUGUACAAUGGCAUUUACUGUGGUUUUAGAUUGAUAAAUGUCAACAAAUUUAAUUCUCACCUGCUCUUAAAUUUCCUUAGAUGAGUUUGCAUGACGUGUUGUUUACUUCUUGUUGUAAGACAGGUUGUCUUUAAAUGGGUUCUUGAUUCUACAGUUCAGGCAAGAUGUUAUGUUUGGGUGUGGCUGGUUAGAUUGAAUAAAAAAUGUGCCUGAUUAGCGGUUAAUUCGUAACCUAAUGAGGGGGACAAUUGUAGUUUUACACAGAGCCACUUUAAGUUUGACAAAUUUAUUUCACUUAAUAAAAGAAAUUAUCAUUUGAAA